AUGCCAACAGCCGGCCAUCCACCUCCGCCGUGCUCUUCUCCACCUUCCCAAGGGACGAUUCACAUUCCUGAUGUACUCGACGUGCUCAUGCAGCCGAUCAGACGGGACAAACAAUAUAUCGAGUGGGAUGGAGAAGCGUUUCCCAUCCCAGACGAGAUGAUCAUUAGAAAUUGGGAUCUUCCACAAGGAUAUACUAGAGAGAGCUGGGCUGAUUGGGAGCCUGAGAACCCUUUCAUCGUUGACCGUCAUUAUGAUCAUGAUCCGCUGGCGCCUAAUGAAGGUUAUGAGCAGGAGGAGAUGGAGGGUAUUUUUGGUAGGAUGGCGGAAAGAAAGAUGGCAGAGGAGGACGAAGGGCAUAUCGUGGAAGCACCUUCAACCGAUCCCGCGACUGAUCUGUCCGUGGAUGAAGGAAUACCGGAAUCUACCACACCCCGACUCAUAACCUCGACGACCGAGAUCCACAUUGCCAACACCCUUCUUUCGCCAAGUGGGGGAAGGCUUGUUUCCAAGAAACUCUCAGUUCCGACAAGGGUAUCAGCCAAGUCUGGGCAGCCUUCAAAGCCCAGCUCAUACGACUCGAUCGCAUCAAGUCGUAACCAGCUUGUAUCAUCCCGAGAAGCUUCGACUCAAGCUGAAGAUCCAGCAGCCGUCGAUCAGGCAGAGAAAAUUGUGCAAGUCAGUGAUAACGAUCAACUCGAGGAGGACGCUAUCAACGAAUAUAUCGAUCUCGAUUCUGAUUCAGCUGAGAUCUCAGUCACUGUCGAAGACGUAUCACCGCGUUAUUCGCUUUCUGCAUCAACGGUAUCCAGCACAUCCACAACUAAUCUUUCCGACCGAGAGCCCAUCUCUACCAUUGAGGAGGAACCUAGGGAAUACCAUGCUACUCAAUCAGAUACUGGACCGACAUCUCCCAUUUCACCUGCAAAAGAAAGAUCACCUCCUACAACAGCUCUCAAUGACUCCGAUACUCAUACGCCUCAUACCACCCAGCAAACGCUGCUUCCUGCGCUCGAGAUCGAAACAGGAACAGUUUCUGGACUUUCUCCGGAUAACAUCCAUUCUCCCCCAACUUCAUCUCCUUCAUCUCCAAGAUCACCUCAUCUGGUGACACCUGGUACAGAUACUCGAGCCUCUCAAGGCAGAGAGGAAGGUAUUCGAGUUCUCGAGCAUCCUCCUCAAUUUUCUCUCACGGAUGGAUCAGAUAUUGAAACACCGCAAAUAGUUGGACCGCACAUCAAGCUCGAUACAACUAUCGUCGAGCAGCAUGUUGUUCAAAUUCCUUCGCACCCAUUCGUCCCUGCGCCGUGGAGCUCCUCUCCGUUACCGACCGACCUUAAGGAGCCCCCUCAAUCUCCUAGAGACAUCCGAUCUUCUCAAAAUUCCUCUCCUACAGCGUCGUCUGAAAAAGGUCAGGCUGUAAAGGUAGUCAUCGGCAACUCUCCACCCCUUUCUUCUGCUACCGACAUUGAUCAAUCAUCAAUUGAUCUAGUCCCAUCUGACUUUCCUUCUGAGCCGAUACGAGUGCCUAAAGUCUCAACCUUGGAAACCGAUUCUCCAAGUGGCAUACCACUGCCUGCUAAAAAUGAUAUUGAUAUUACCCUCGAUGAUUCGUCGUUACCGGAGUCUGAUCCUUUUGUGGACACCGCAGGCACACGUAAUCCAGAAGAUACCACGCAUGGUGUGGACUCCCUUGCCGCAGACCAAGACACACGCAAGACGACCAAGUCCGAUACGUCUUCGACACCGGCGCAAAAUAUGUCAAAAGACGACAAGAUGGAAGUAUUGAGGUUCAUUGCUGAUCAGAAGAGGUCUGACAAUUCCGAUGGACAUGAGAAUGGCCCAAUCUUGAUUGAUAUCGAUUCUGAUUCCGAUAUCAACGACGAGCAUCAAGAAACACCAGUCCCAUCUGUAAAGGAUCAUGAGCAAUCACAUGAAGAACAAGGAGUGAUCGAAGAGGAUGUACCUGAAAGCCCGAUGACCAUUAAUGAGCUGAAGAAAGGCCACGCAGAAGAAGAAGAAGGGUUUGAUGAAGAUGGAGAGCACGAGUCGAUCUCGGAAUCCUACGAUAUCGAGUUGACUUCCAACACGAACGUCGCCGAAGUUAUUGAUGACGACAUGACUCAAGACCAUAGAUCGGCAGAAACUAGUUUGAUUGAAGUAGAUCACCAACCUGAAUCUACUAUCACGAAGACAAAAAGCAAGCCAGGCAGAAAACCAAAGACGAGGCCUCCGCCCGAUCCAGAAUGCACCCCCUCCUCAGACAAGAGGAAGUAUGUUCGCAGAGCUACGAUCGUAACAGCUUCACUCAGAGGAAGGGGAUCGACAGGAUCCUCAAAAAUCAAGCGUGGUCCUGGUAGACCACCCAUGAAGCACUUGAACGGUCAGAACGGGAAUACCUUGGAUGCAGAUGCAGGUGAAGAGAAGCCGGGCAAAAGUAGGAUGCUGACAACUUCCAAGCCUACCACGAUGAGAAUGCCCUCUACCUCAACUUCUCGGGGGCGAUCGAAGACCAUGUUUACCAGGACCCAAUCCACACAGACAGCUAUUGACCGACCGAAGAGAGGACGUAAAGGUAAAGCUAAUGCUCUAGAAUUGGAAAACUGUGUGCAAGACGAAGAGACAGAGGAUGUGGAUACACCCGCCCCUACCGAGCUCGAAAGCAAGCGUCUUCCAUCGAGUUCGUCACCUGUCCAACAACCUCCUGUACGACGAGCCGCUCAAAAUGCCAAUGCAGCUUUCAAAACCCAAGAUGGUGAUAGAGAAGUCAGACCGAAGAUCAAACCCGUACAAAAAAGGAAACUACCCCUCCCCCCUGAUCCCUCAAAAUCGGACUCAGAUAGUUUCUCAGAACGACACACAUCCAAAAAGGUAUGUAAAGGAGAAACGCUCAAACGUUGGACAUUAGUUGAGGACGCCUGCCUCCUUCGAUGCUGGGAUGGAAAAUCAGUGUUGUCUCCCGCAGUCAUCUCGCAAGCUUGCCAUGCAUUACUCGAUCCUGCUGUCGAAUCGUCGGGGAGAACCCAUGAAGCGGUCAAAUAUCGAUUGCGACAGGUUUACAAGAAUCCAGUUUUUCACCGACGCGCUAAAGCCUUCAACGAGGGUAAACCGAGUGCUUCGGCAUAG